AUGCGCCUUAUACGGCACAGCUAUGAGGUGAUGUACACAGCGGGUAAGAACUUGACGACUGCAGACACACUGUCACGCACCCCUGUUGGAUCCCCUCAGGAAGCUGAUCUACUGUUGGAAAAUGACGCAACAGCCUUUGUGCAGUUAGUGAUUGACGGUUUACCAGCAACCCAGAAUCAGUUAGUACAGAUCAAGACUAGGCAGCAGGAAGACCAGGUCUGUAGUCAAGUUGCACGCUACUGCAGAGAAGGGUGGCCUGCAGUAAAGUCUAAAGCUGAUCCAGAUAUCCGUCCAUUCUUCAUAGUGAGAGACGAGCUAAUGGUGCAAGGACUCUUACUAUUUCGCACCUGGCUUGUCAUCCCAGCAGGACUAAGGAAAGAUAUUUUGACCAGAAUUCACGAUGGCCAUCAGGGCAUUGUAAAGUGCAGAGCACUGGCCAGGUGUUCUGUGUGGUGGCCAGGAAUAUCUCAGCAGAUUCAAUCCAUGGUAGAAAACUGUGGGAUUUGUGAAAAAGAGAGAAAAGCUAGACCUGAACCGUUGAAGCCAAGUAGUGUUCCCGAUUACCCUUGGCAGAGAGUGGGAAUGGACUUGUUUGACUGGCGUGGUCAGCAAUAUCUACUGGUAGUUGAAUAUUUUUCUCGCAACAUUGAACUGGCACACUUACAGUCCUCGACCUCUUCAGAGACUGUGAUCUCGCACUGCAAGAGCAUCUUUGCACGUCAUGGUAUUCCCGAAGUCGUUCAUCAAGAUAAUGGACCGCAGUUUUCAUCAAACAAAUUUACUCGAUUUGCUACAGACUAUGGAUUCACCCAUGAAACUAGCAGUCCUCAUUAUCCUCAAGUGAACGGGAAAGUGGAGAGAGCUAUACAGACUGUCAAGAACUUUCUGCUGAAAGCUGAGGAUCCCUAUCUGGCCCUACUUAACUAUAGAGCAACUCCACUCCAGUGUGGUUUCAGUCCAGCUGAAAUGUCCAUGGGCUGCUGUCUGAGGACAAGAGUUCCAGUCGUCCCUACCUGA